UUUUUAUUUUUAUUACAAUUAUUAUUAUUAUUAUAUUACAAUUAUUAUUAUAUUAACGUCAUCCUCAUUAUUGCUAUCAUAAUUACUAGUUCUAAUAUCACUCUUUUUCUAUACUUCCUAUAUCGGUGUGUGCUCGUGAGAAAUUGUGUUUCGUGAUAUUUGACAAACGAACGAACGGUAAAACAAUUUUCGUUUCAAUCUAUCUUUUCACUUUAAUUUCAUUUGAACAUUUUCGCGCCCUUCACCUCCAUCACUUCCCUUCUCCUCGUUGUUAUCGUCGUCAUUGUCAUCAUCGUCUUCGUCAUCGUUGUCGUUGUCGUCGUCGUCGUCAUCGUCGUCGUCAUCGUGAAUAAGUGUUAAUAUUUCGUUUGAGUGAGGAUAAGGAAAAGAUAGAGGAAAAAAAUAAAUAAAGAGAGAGAGGAACAAGAGAACAAGAAAAAAUAAUAAAGAAAGAAAUCAAGAGAGAAAGAGAUAGACAAAUAGAUAUAAAACGUGUGUGUAGAAGAAGGAACGGGAUAAUAAUGUAUACCAGGAGAUCAGGACGUGUGUGUUUUUAAGGUCAAAUUUGUCCUUAGUAGUGGUGGUUUUUAGAUAAACGAAAUAAAAUUUCGAAGGUCGUUGAUACGAAGAGUAUAAUAACGAAUAAAGAAAGUAAAGAGGAAGAGAAGUAGGAAAAAGAAGAAGAAGAAGAAAAAGAAGAAAAAGAAGAAGAAGAAAAUUGUAUUAUUCGUAUAAUUACUACUACUAUCACGACAACCACCACCACCACCACCACCACCACCAACACCAACACCAACACUACCACCACCACCACCACUGCUACUACCACCGUCGUCGCUAUUACCACCACCACCGCCACCUUUCACUUUCUCUAUCGUUCUUACGUCUAAUAAGUUGUGUGAGAGAAGGGGGGGGGGGCGAGAACGGAGAUAAGGAAACAAAAAUUAACGCACGCACGCACGCACGCACGCACGAACGCACGCAGGCAGGCAGGCAGACAGUCAGUCAGUCAGGCAGACAGUCAGUCAGUCAGGCAGUCAGGCAGGCAGGCCAGGCAGACAGGCAGGCACGAAAUAAGAAAUAAAAACAAAUACAAAAGGAAUAAUUUGGAAGUAGUAAGAAAGAACAAAACGAAAAGAGAAGAAAGUUAAAUAGUACAACUAGUACUACUACUACUACUACUACUACUACUACUACUACUACUACUACUACUACUAUUACUAUUAUUACUUACUACUACUAUUACUACGUACUCUGAUCUUUUACUCUGGCAAGGCCGCUACGGAUUGGUCUGAAAGAAGGAGGUGCAGGAGGUGGUGAAGGAGGAGGAGGAGGAGGAGGAGGAGGAAGAGGAGGUGGUGGCAAGCAAGCAAGCAAGCAGGCCGGAAGUGAACGCGCGACCGCGAGAGGUACGUCGAACCUCUUUUCUCCCUCUCUCACUCUCUCUCUCUCUAUCUUUCUCUGUCUCUUUCUCACUCAGUCACUCUCUUUUUCUCUCUUUCACUCUCGUUCCUUUCGAAUAUAUCGCGAAGAUCGAAAGAGAGAGAGAGAAAGAGAAAGAGAGAGAGAGAGAGAGAGAGAAAGAAAGAAAGAAAGAGAGAGAAAGAGAGAGAAAAAGAGUCGAAGAGAGACGGGAUAAGAUUAAACGCGCGCGCGCGCGUGCGCGUGUGUGUGUCGCGCGUUGUGUGUGUGUGUGUGUAUGUGUGUGUAUGUCUGUGUACAUAUAUACACACGCAUAUGUGUAUGUACAUACGGAGAUACGUACGUGUACGUAUGUACGCGUGCGGCCUGUGUAUAUGAGGGCGGAAAAAAGAAAAGAGAUAGAUAGAUAGAUAAAUAAAUAGAUAUAUAUAUAUAUAUAUAUACAUACAUACAUAUAUAUAUGUGUAUAUAUAUUAUAUGUAUAUUAGAAAGAAGGAAGAAAAAUAUACUGAAAAAUCGGAAAUGCCGAGAUGCCGAUUAAUCGAUCUCAUUUCUCCCGAUUGAUAAGGAAAAGUUGAAAUUAGAAGAUAAUUAGAAGAAAGAAGAUAAUAAGUUUGAAGAGGUGAAAAGAUUAUAAUAGUGUCGUCGUCGUCGUCGUCGCCGUCGUCAUCCCUAACUUAGGGAUAAGUUCGCAUAAAAUAAUCAACAAUGAUUGAAAAUGAUGAUUAACGUGUUCUAUUGUUAGUGCGCGUUCGUUCGUUCGUUCGUUCGUCCGUCCGUCCGUCCGUUCGUUCGUCCGUUCGUUCGUUCGUUCGGUCGUUCGUUCGUUCGUUCGUUCGUUCGUUCGUUCGUUCGUCCGUUAGUGCGGUUUUUAGCGGAAACUUUCCGCAUUUGGUUUUGUUUCUUCACUCUUUGCUUUCUUCUCUCUUAAUUUAUUUAUUUGUUCGUCUGUCUCGAUAUACGAGGAAUAAGAAAAAGACAAGAGAGAGAAAGAGAGAGAGAAAGAGAGAGAAAGAGAGAGAAAAAAGAAAAAGGAAAAAUAAAGAAGGUGGAUAAGGACGAAAACGAGAUGCUCGAGGAUCAGCCAUUGGACCUCAGUGUCCGAGUUGGAGAUUAUGCUGAAUUAGGAAGAGACGAGAACGAGCAACAGGAUCAUCAUAAUCAUCAUCAUAAUCAUCAUCAUCAUCAUCAUCAUCAUCAUCAUCAUCAGGAUCGUAAGGAUCGUAAAGAUCAUCUUCAACAACAACAACAACAGCAACAACAACAGCAACAACAACAGCAACAAUAUCAGCAACAACAACAACAACAACAACAACAGCAACAGCAAGAACAGCAACAAAUCGACGAUUACGGAAAUGCAGCGGCUAGUUUAAGGCUAAGAGGAUGUUUCGUUGGUACCAGUUCGGAUUAUUCUCAAGACAGAGAGGAUCGUACCUGUUCCGAGGAUUCCGACGAUUCCUGUUCGGACAACAAUCAGAAGGAUGGUACCGCGAGGUCGAGGUCCAGACCGCCUGGUACCAAACCCUACAAAAAGAACCUCAUGCGGAGAUACCUGGAUACCAGGGAGGUACAACCGCACGAGACGACGACAAGCGAAAAGGAACAAUUAGGUUUGGCGAGUGUAAAAGCAGAACCAGGUUCGACGAGUGCGACUACAACGAGCACGACUACCGGUGCUCGUCUUCUCCAUGGAAUCCUUUCGCAGCAUCCCCAACAGCAUACGCUAGGGGUGCAAAACGGUUAUGGCCGACAUAUGCCAACGCCAGCCGGCCAUUCUCAAAUGGCUCAACAACAACCGCCCUACACCACUGCCGCCAUUGCUACGACGAGUACGCCAGGAAGCGGAUCACUGCCAGCCAGCCCUGCGGACAGCGGAGUCAGCGACGUCGAAUCCAGUACGUCCUCAGGCGGUAACGAGGACGCGAAUCUCUUACUAAAAGCCAGGCUCAAUCCUAAUUCAUCCCUUCAACCGAGUCUGGCGUCUCAUCAUUCACACUUAUCCUCAGCAGCAUUGGGUAGGUCAGCCUGCCACAGUCCUGGUGUAUAUCCGUCUACAGCGGGUUUUCUACCACCCUCCUAUCAUCCCCAUCAGCAUCAUCCCUCCCAGUAUCAUCCGCACAGAGGUAGCUCGCCACACCAUCAGCACGGUAACCAUACCAUGGGAGCAGCGAUGGGACCCCCGCAUCAUCAUCACCAUCACCAAACGCAAAGUCUUCAACAUUUGCAUUAUCGUCAACCACCUACUCUGUCCGAGAGCUAUAGCAGUUAUGUAAACUCGAUGUAUGGCGGAGGAGGACAAUUCGCUACACCAUGUACACCAAGCCCGCCAAGAGGACCUGGUGGAGUACCGACUAGUGUAAUACAAGCAGCGACGAGUUCGGUAUCGGACGAUCUUUAUCUUCUGGAACUUGGUUUUCCGCCGCGUUCAAAGAAGAACAAGUUGAAGAAGCCACGUCAGGGGGAGGGAGCGACGGUUAAGAGGAAAUCGCGAGAAGGCUCGACGACAUAUCUCUGGGAAUUUCUGUUGAAAUUGUUGCAGGAUCGAGAGUAUUGUCCGCGAUAUAUAAAGUGGACGAAUCGCGAGAGAGGAGUAUUUAAAUUGGUCGAUAGCAAGGCGGUAUCAAGACUCUGGGGUUUGCACAAGAAUAAGCCCGACAUGAAUUACGAGACGAUGGGUCGCGCCUUGAGAUACUAUUAUCAACGUGGCAUUUUGGCUAAGGUCGACGGCCAGAGAUUGGUGUAUCAAUUCGUUGACGUACCGAAGGACAUAAUAGAGAUCGAUUGUACGGGCGCGUGAGAUAGGUCUCUUUGUUGUUCCCUGAGGGAGGAGCAUUAUGCGCGAGCACGAGAAAGAGCUGAAGGAGGAGGAAGAGGAGGAAGAGGAGGAGGAGGAGAAAGAGGAGGAGGAGGAGGAGGAGGUGGUUACCGCUACAUUGAAAACUUGAAUUUUCUUAAAAGAUCAUCGUCGUUGAGAACGCCGACGAUCAUUUAUGCUGAGUCGUCUCAACGACAACCUGCCGCCGCACAUCCUACAAAUCGUGUAAGAGCUCGCCCUCUCUGACUCGAACAUACUGUUUCUAUUUCAUACCCGUUUACCGGGUCGAUGAAACUCGCGAUAAUUAUCGCAAUUGAUGAAUAAUUUUAAGGAACGAUCGGGGGAAAAAAUAAUCCAUUUUUUCCAAAAUAAGCGAAGGAGUUUCUCUCUACUCGUGCUUCGUCUCCUCCUUUGUUAAAACAAUACAUACACAUUGUUCUUGGCUGUGUGCGUGCGUGCGUGCUUACUUGCGUCCACGUAUGUAUGAUGAGAUGUGUAUGCGUGUAUGUCUGCUGUCUGCUGUCUGUGGUUUGUUCUGGGUUACGAAGGUAUAUAGAAUAUGUACAUAUAUAUAUAUAUACAUAUAUAUAUGUGUAUAUAUAUAUAUAUUGUGUGCUAGAAUAGUCGAAGAGAAAGAAAGAAAAAAAAAGAGAUAGAAAGUAAGAAAGAAAAAAAAUCAAUCUAAUUAUUAACGUCCACGAAGAGAUCCUAAGUUCGCCGCUAUAUGCUAGAUCGUGUAUAUAUAUAUAUAUAUAUAUAUAUAUAUAUACACACAUUACAAGCGUACACAUGCGUUUAUGCGUGCUUCGGGCUCGUUUACAAAUUUGUACAAAAUUUAGUUCUUAUAUUUACGGGGCAGACAUUACUAAUUGUAUUUUAUCGAAAGAGAGCAAAGAAAAGAAAAGAAAAGAAAAAAAAAGAAAGAAGAAGAAAGAAAGGAAGAAAAAAGAAAGAAGAAGAAAGAAGAUGGAUCAUUGUGGACGAAUUACUUAACCUAUAAAGUAUAAAGCGAGAGAGAAAGGAUAAAGAGGUAGGGAGAGAGAGACAGAGAGAAAGAAAAAGUUUAAGCGAAAAUUGUACAUUGGGGAUAAACGCGAUAAAUUAUUUAUUGUAUAUUAGAUGAUUAUGUAUGUUAUCUAGAAAAUUGUUAUAUGUGGCGUGACGAAGAAACGUUUAAUAAAAACCUGAAAAGUUUUAAUGCGAAACGAAAUGAGGGCUGUGACGAGACUUGGAAAGUAGAAAGAAAUAGAGAAAUAGAGAAGGAGGGAGAGUGAAAGAGUGAGAGAGAAAGAGAAAGAGAGAAAGAGAGUGAAAGGGACGCGAGAGAAAUAGAGAAGA